GCCAAGAAUCGGGCCGGUAUCGCCAAGCCGGGGACCUCUGCGGCAGUUGUCGUUACAGUGCCCCAACGCACAAUUAUCUGUGGUUGGCUAAUCCCUUUCAUCAGAACACCAAAUCUGCGCAUCGGGUGCGCGCCUCUUAUUCCCGACAAGCCUCCUUCCAAAUCAGUGCAAAUUGAAGAUGAAACCAUCCGAGCAAACCCGCUUCUACUCGCUCGUUGAAUGGUCCGAGAAACACGGCGGAAAACUGCAUCCGUCACUCGAGAUCUACAACGACGAGGUCACCAAAUAUUCCCUCCGCGUCAAACCAUCAGCCGGUGAGGCCCUGCAGCCGGGUUUCAGCGCCGUCACCUGCCCCGUAGCGACAACCCUUGGAUACCUGAACGCGCUCGUCGACGGCCCCAUCCUCGAUGCUACUAACUCCCAGUCAACGAAAUCGCAGAACGGGGCCUUCCCUCCCGGCUUCACGCAAUCCGUCCCGCCCCAUGUGCUCGGUCGCUUCUUUCUGAUCAAGGAGUACCUCAAGGGCAAGAACUCAUUCUGGUGGCCUUACCUCGCAACGCUACCCUCUCCAGACCAAAUCAGCGGCUGGCUUCUGCCGGCAUUCUGGCCCGACGAUGACAUCGCAUAUCUGGAAGGCACCAACGCCCAUGUCGCCAUCCAAGAGAUGCAGGCCAACGUCAAGAAGGAGUUUAAGGAAGCCCGGAAGCUCCUAAAAAACGAAGGCUUCCCAGAGGUUGCAGCCUACACCUCCUUGAUGUACAAAUGGGCCUUCGCCAUCUUCACCAGCCGCAGUUUCCGGCCCUCCCUCAUCCUCUCAGACACCGCAAAGCAGCACGUCUCCACCCUUCUCCCACAAGGCAUCCAGCUCGACGACUUCUCCAUGCUCCAGCCCCUGCUCGACAUCGCCAACCACUCCCCAACGGCCCACUACACGUGGGAAACCAGCUCCCCCGAAGCCACCUGCACGCUCGUGUGCGGGGACAGCUACCCGCCCGGCGCGCAGGUCUUCAACAACUACGGCCCCAAGACCAACAGCGAGCUGCUCCUCGGCUACGGCUUCAUCCUGCCCCCCACCGAGGCCCUGCACAACGACUACGUGCACGUGCGCCGGAGCGCCCGCCCGCGCCCGAGCACACAACCGCGCAGCAGGCACUGCUCGCCCGAGGAUGAUGCGGAUGAUGAGGAUGAUGAUGAGGACGGUCAUGAUGGCGAGCCCGAGGCCCCCGAGAGCUUCCUCAUCUCGCUGCGGCCCGUGCGCCACCGCAGCUCCGUCGUGUGCCGGCAGCGCCGCACCAUCCCGCGCGGCGGCACCGACCUGGCCGCGUCCCCGUGCUUUGCCCACUUCGAGCCCGCGCUGCUGGAUGACUUGGCCACGACGGUCGCCCCGGUUCAGACGGCCGAGUUAGUGGAGACGAUGAGGGGGUUGCUGGGGAGGAAGGUGCAGGAUGAUUAUGAGAGGUUGAUGCAGGUUGGGCUGGUGGCCGAUGACGAGGAGGAGGAGGCGGAGGAGGAGGAGAUGCAGGAGGGGAGGCUGCCGCCGGCCCGGACUGCAAAUCAGAGGCUUGCGGCGACGUAUCGGCGGCAGUAUGCCAACGUGCUGGAGGCGGCGUUAGCCUGCCUCGUUGGAGAGGGAUGAUCGGGGUGCGUCGCUUGUGGAAGACUUAUGAGGAGGAUUCCAGUCUACCCCGGCCUCCGAUUGGUUAUCCUUACUGUGUAGCUUUGGCCUUUGCACUUGGCUUGCGAAUCUUACCGAACCUGAAGACUGCUUGGUGAUUACAACACCGGGUUACCUAUCUGCUGGGAGAGAAUGCUCGCUGUUCCGUGCUACCC